AUGUCUCCAAACGAUGCAAAGAAAUGCCCCGUCAUGGGACACGCACCCUCAUCAAAGUCCAGCGUUGGACCCAAGGAUAUUUACACUUUGGAGGCAUUGUCCCAUUUCAAUCGAGAAAAGAUCCCCGAGCGAGUCGUCCAUGCCCUGGGAGCCGGGGCUUACGGAGAGUUUGAGGUGACACACGACAUCUCCGACAUCUGCAACAUUGACAUGCUCCUUGGGGUCGGCAAAAAGACACCACUGGUGACACGCUUUUCCACAACUGGUCUGGAGCGGGGCUCUUCAGAUGGGGUACAAGAUCUUAAGGGCAUGGCCACUAAAUUUUUCACCAAGGAUGGGGACUGGGAUUGGGUUUUUCUCAAUUUCCCGUUCUUCUUCAUCCGUGAUCCCGCCAAGUUUCCCGAUAUGAUUCAUUCGCAACGAAGGGACCCCCAAACCAACCGACUAAGCCCUAACCUGUUCUGGGACUUUGUGACGAAUAAUCACGAAUCGAUCCAUAUGACGCUGCUGCAAUACAGUGACUUUGGCCGGAUGUUCACCUGGCGCACGCUGAGCAGUUAUGCAGGACAUGCAUUCAAAUGGACCAUGCCCGAUGGUUCGUUCAAGUAUGUCCAUUUCUUUCUGGCUUCGGACCGUGGGCCCAACUUCACAGAUGGUGCCGGCGUACCCAUGGAUCGUAGCGAUCCUGAUUUCGGAAGCAAAGACCUCUUUGAAGCGAUCGAGCGUGGUGAUUAUCCAACCUGGACAGCCAAUGUGCAGGUCGUGGAUCCGAAAGACGCGCACCGUCUAGGGUUCAAUAUUCUUGACGUCACCAAGCACUGGAACCUGGGCACGUAUCCCCAGGGCCUGGAGAAGAUUCCCUCGCGACCUUUUGGCAGGCUCACUCUGAACCGCAACGUGAAGAACUAUUUCACGGAGGUCGAGCAGCUGGCCUUCUCACCAUCGCACAUGGUUCCGGGCGUCGAGGCUUCCGAAGAUCCGAUCCUACAGGCGCGCAUGUUUGCGUACCCCGAUGCGCAACGGUAUCGUCUAGGGACUAUCCCAUCAACUCCACCGACUCGCACGCCAUCGGCCCUAAAGUCGGAGGCCGGGCUGGGCCCGGAGUUCGCCGAAUGGGUCGCGCAGGUAUCUUCGGACGAAUGGUCUAGCUCUCAUGCGGAUGAUUAUAAGUUUGCGCGAGAGUAUUACGAGAUCCUUCCGGACUUUCGGAGUCAAGAUUUCCAGGAUCGAAUGGUAGAGAGGAUUGUUUCCUCGGUGGCGCAGACCAGCGAAGAAAUUCGAAACAAGGUGUAUCGCACCUUUGCCCUCGUUUCCUCCGAGUUAGCCACCCGGGUGAAGGAGGGGGUUGAGAAAGGUGAUGAAACUAGUAAGGUACAAGGUAUCCAGUCGAGGUUGUAG